CAGGUUCACGCUUUUUAAAAAAAAGGAAUAGAACAGGAAAAAAAUGGCAGCAGAAACUCAGACACUUAACUUUGGGCCUGAAUGGCUGCGAGCUUUGUCCAGUGGCGGGAGCGUGACAUCCCCUCCUCUGUCUCCGGCUUUGCCAAAGUACAAACUAGCAGACUAUCGCUAUGGGAGAGAAGAAAUGUUGGCACUUUUUCUAAAGGAUAACAAGAUACCUUCAGACCUUCUGGAUAAGGAGUUUCUGCCUAUUUUACAAGAGGAGCCCCUGCCACCACUGGCACUUGUACCUUUUACAGAAGAAGAACAGAGAAAUUUCUCCAUGUCUGUAAACAGUGCUGCUGUCCUGCGGUUGACGGGACGUGGAGGAGGAACGGUGGUAGGGGCUCCUCGAGGUCGAAGUUCCUCUAGAGGUCGAGGCAGAGGCCGAGGAGAAAGCGGUUUCUACCAAAGAAGUUUUGAUGAAGUGGAGGGUGGAUUUGGGCGAGGAGGGGGCAGGGAAAUGCACAGAUCACAGAGUUGGGAGGAAAGGGGAGACAGACGCUUUGAAAAACCAGGGCGAAAAGAUCCAGUGAGACCAAACUUUGAGGAAGGUGGGACAGCAGCACCAGGGAGGAAGCAUGAGUUUAUACGCUCUGAGAGCGAGAACUGGCGCAUCUUCAGGGAGGAGCAGAAUGGGGAGGAGGAGGACGGCGGCUGGCGCCUGGCGGGGUCGCGGCGGGACGGGGAGCGGUGGCGCCCGCACAGCCCAGGCUGGCGGGAGCACAUGGAGCGACGGCGGAGGUUUGAGUUUGAUUUCCGGGAGCGGGACGAGGAGCGGGGCUACCGGCGCGUGCGCUGCGGGAGCGGCAGCAUGGACGACGACAGGGACAGUCUCCCUGAGUGGUGCUUGGAGGAUGCAGAAGAGGAAAUGGGAACGUUUGACUCCUCGGGAGCGUUUCUGUCUUUAAAGAAGGUGCAGAAGGAGCCAAUCCCUGAGGAACAGGAGAUGGAUUUCCGACCUGUGGAGGAAGGAGAAGAAAGAUCGGACUCUGAAGGAAGCCACAAUGAAGAAGCCAAAGAUCAUGAAAAGGCCGCCAAGAAAGAGGGGGAGAAAGCAGACAGAGCAGUGACAGAAGCAGUGGAGGAAGCAGUCCAAGCAUCUUCACCAGCUGCCAAGUCAGAUACCCCACCAAAAUCCCAGCCUCCAGACCCGCUGCAGACAAGCCUGUUUGAAAGGAAGGAGGAAUCUGUGCCAGAAAGGACAGAAAAAGCAGAAGAGAAGGAGAAUCGAACAGAGACUACACCACCAGCUAAAAGAGGGGAAGGUAAUCUAGCUUCUGUUGCUCAACCUUUGCCACAGAUUUCUGCAGACACAGCUUCUCCUGCUCAUCUUUCUCCCCCCGUUUCCAAUUCAAAUCCUGCUCUGCGACCAGUUCAGACACCUGUCACAGCUGCUCCAGGCAUGGGCAACAUUCCCACUGACCCAGAUGAUGAAGAGGGUCUCAAACAUCUAGAGCAGCAAGCAGAAAAAAUGGUGGCAUACCUGCAGGACAGUGCCCUUGAUGAUGAGAGACUAGCAGCAAAAAUUCAAGAACACAGAGCAAAGGGUUCCUCCAUGCCAUUGUUCCAUGAAGCCAUGCAGAAGUGGUACUACAAAGAUCCACAAGGAGAAAUUCAGGGUCCUUUCAGUAAUCAGGAGAUGGCAGAAUGGUUCCAGGCUGGAUACUUCACAAUGUCACUAUUGGUUAAGAGAGCCUGUGAUGAGACUUUCCAGCCCCUUGGAGACAUCAUGAAAAUGUGGGGCAGGGUUCCCUUCUCUCCGGGUCCAACACCGCUUCCACAUCUGGGCGAGCUGGACCAAGAGCGGCUGACUAGACAGCAAGAGUUGGCCCUGAUCCAAAUGCAGCACCUCCAGUAUCAGCAUCUCUUAAUACAACAACAAUAUGCACAGGUGCUGGCUCAGCAGCAAAAGGCAGCCCUUUCAUCCCAGCAACAGCAGCAGCUUGCUAUUCUCUUGCAACAGUUCCAGGCCCUGAAGAUGAGAAUAUCUGAACAGAACAUGAUGCCACCUGUUACCAGGUCUGUGUCAGUGCCGGACACUGGCUCAAUAUGGGAACUUCAGCCAGCUUCACAACCUACAGUUUGGGAAGGAAGCAGUGUCUGGGAUCUCCCCAUUGAUACUGCAUCUCAGGGACCAGCUCUAGAACAACUUCAGCAGCUCGAGAAGGCCAAAGCUGCAAAGCUAGAGCAAGAGAGGAGAGAAGUGGAAAUGAGGGCCAAACGAGAGGAAGAGGAGAGGAAAAGGCAGGAGGAGCUUCGGAGGCAACAAGAAGAGCUACUUAGGAGGCAGCAGGAAGAUGAGAGGAAACGACGGGAAGAAGAAGAACUGGCCCGCAGGAAGCAAGAGGAAGCCCUGAGGCGACAACGAGAGCAGGAAAUUGCACUAAGGCGGCAGCGGGAGGAAGAGGAACGACAACAGCAGGAGGAAGCACUUAGGAGAUUGGAAGAGAGGAGAAGAGAAGAGGAGGAGAGACGGCAGCGAGAGGAGCUGAUUCGUAAACAGGAAGAGGAGGCUGCCAAGUGGGCACGUGAAGAGGAGGAGGCUCAGCGGCGACUUGAGGAGAGUCGGCUGCGCAUGGAAGAGGAGGCGGCGAGGCAGCGCCUUGAGGAAGAAGAGCGGAAGCGCAAGGAGCUGGAACUCCAGCGCCAGAAGGAGAUCAUGAGGCAGAGGCAGCAGCAGCAGGAGGCUUUACGGCGGCUGCAACAGCAGCAGCAACAGCAGCAACUUGCACAAAUGAAGCUCCCUUCAUCUUCAACAUGGGGUCAGCAAUCAAAUUCAGGAGCUUGUCAAUCCCAGACCACACUGUCACUGGCAGAAAUCCAGAAGUUAGAAGAAGAACGAGAACGGCAGCUUCGAGAAGAGCAAAGGCGUCAGCAGCGUGAGCUAAUGAAGGCCCUCCAGCAGCAGCAACAGCAGCAGCAGCAAAAACUGUCAGGCUGGGGUAAUGUCACCAAACCAACAGGCACCACCAAGUCCCUGCUGGAAAUCCAGCAGGAAGAGGCAAGACAGAUGCAGAAACAGCAGCAACAGCAGCACCAGCAGCCGAAUAGAGUCCGAAGUACUACGCACGCUAACCUGCACACCAGCAUUGGGAAUUCAGUGUGGGGCUCCCUAAACACUAAUCCCAGCAACCAGUGGGCAUCUGACCUAGUCAGUAGCAUCUGGAGUAAUGCUGAUACCAAAAACUCAAAUAUGGGUUUCUGGGAUGAUGCAGUGAAGGAAGUGGGACCUCGUAACUCGACCAAUAAAAACAAAAGCAAUGCCAGCCUCAGUAAAUCUGUAGGUAUUACAAGUAGACAAAACAAGAAGGUGGAAGAAGAGGAGAAGCUGUUGAAAUUGUUCCAGGGGGUUAAUAAAGCCCAGGAUGGAUUCACUCAGUGGUGUGAACAAAUGCUUCAUGCACUCAACACAGCCAACAACCUAGAUGUUCCCACGUUUGUUUCUUUCCUGAAGGAAGUGGAGUCGCCCUAUGAGGUCCAUGAUUACAUCAGAGCCUAUCUUGGAGAUACUCCUGAGGCCAAGGAGUUUGCCAAGCAGUUUCUUGAGCGCCGUGCCAAACAGAAAGCCAGUCAGCAGCGGCAACAGCAGCAGCAGCAGGAUUCAGUGUGGGGAAUGAACCACAGUUCGCUACAUUCAGUCUUUCAGACCAAUCAGAGCAACAACCAGCAAUCCAAUUUUGAGGCUGUGCAGAGUGGGAAGAAAAAGAAGAAACAGAAAAUGGUUCGUGCAGAUCCCAGCUUGUUAGGGUUUUCAGUGAAUGCCUCAUCAGAGCGGCUCAAUAUGGGAGAAAUAGAGACUUUGGAAGACUACUGAGCAUGUGCAAAUCAACUUGGCUUUUCCUGCAUCUGUUAACCAUGGGUUCUCCGUUUGGGACACAGUCCUCUCCACCAUGCAUCCUUCUCCUGGCAGUGAAUCACAGAAUCAAUCAUCUCAGGCUGCUUCCUCUAGCCCCAGUGACCCUUUCUGCCCAGGACUGCACAGGUGUUGUUCCUACUGGCAGCCUAGAGUCGAGUGGACUUUGUUCAGAGCCCUGGGAGGGUGGGAGAUAGGAUUCCUUCACAGCAAGGUUGAUCUGGGCAGCAGGCUUUCACUGUGCUGUGAUUUCUUCUGCUGACAUACCUGGAAAAAAAAAACAACAAUUGGGAUUCUGCAAACCAUUGCUUCCCUCUCCUGGUUGCUCUUACCACAUCCAACACGUGCGGUCACGGAGAGAGAGAUGAGAGCUUGUUGUUAACAGAUGUUGGUCAAAACCAAAAUGCCACACAGAUACUGACUUCCGUGCUCCAUCAGGGCAAGAGGUGCUCUCCCAGGCCAGGAGUUGCAUUCAUAAGCUAACCUUAGAACUGGCAACAGCAGGAGGGGGGCGGUGGCUGGCGCAGUUUAGCUUGGGUUGGUUUGAAGUUGCACACCCUCUGCCAGCCCUUCUCAGCACAUUAUUUUCGGAGGGAAAGCUCGAGUCUGUCUUCAUUAGGUGGUGAUGCUGAAGCUGAUGAAGUUCCCCGUCGGCAUCCUCCAGCCUUCCUGGAAAAGUGGGAACUUCUGCUCUGGGAAAGAAAAGGGGGUGGCAUCUCUUCUUUCAGGUUGAAUUUAUACCUUAAAUGCUACAUUUGGAGGGUUAGGACCAGUUUAUUUUGAGCUCUUUUCCUGCAAAUUUGUCUCGUUUAAGAGACAGUAGGAUCUUUACCGUGUGGAUCUUUAAUCUUUGGUGAGGGUGAACACUGGCUUUCAGAUAUAUAGCCCAGCAGUCUUAGCUAGUUGUCAUUUCCAGCAGUGCUUAGGUUAAUGAGCAGAGAUGCCCUUUUGUCAUGAAGAGAGACUGUGGAGGGCAAAGCGAUGUGCAAUGAUGGCCCUGCUUAUCUUCUACACCUUAAGCUACUUCACACACCUUCACUGGGAUCCAUGAUGCUUAAGUAUUUAUGGAAUCAUAACCUUCCUCUCUCACCGAAAGAUUACCACCACCUCCCCUUCUCUACCCACCCACGUGCACACACCACACAAGAAAGGAAAUGAAAACUGCCAAAUGCACUUAGUUUCAACCCCCUGGUCCCACUUCCCAUCCCCAGAGGGUUAGAACCUGCCAAGGGAGAUAUGCUACAGUUCUGGUGGAGUUGUAUAAAGGUGUCUGUCUGUCUGUCAUCACUGCCUAAAGAAAACAGUUCGAGUUGCUCAAGAGCAGUUUGGCUUUGGAUUUUAUUUCGUUUGGUUUAUUCAUUUUUUGGGGUCACCUUCCCCUCUUCCUCCUCUCUUCCCCCUGCCCCAAACAUGUACAGUAACUAUACAGAGACUGCUGCAGACUUGUAUAUAGUUUUUGGAUCCAGUAGCAUGGAGAGACUUGGGAACUGUUGCAAAUCUGGUCUCCCUCUCUCCUUUGCUUUGUAAAUUCAUAAAAGGGGGAAGAGGGGUAGUUAAAAUGUUUACAAAACUUUAAACUCCCUCUGAACUUUUGCCAGUGG